GAUGGUUCGAGAGAAACGGGAGUAUCUUCUACUGAUCUAUAUCCAGUGCAAACGCUUGAUGAUUUGGAAUUUUUUCCUGGUGAUUUUGUCACUGAAAAAAAUUCACCUCCAGAUGUAUAUGGAGUUAUAGAAUGUGUUGACCAUGCUGAACGCACUGCCCGUGUUCAAUGGUUUAAAGUUCAUCCUGAAAAUCCUUCAUUGUAUGAAAAACUAAAUGAUGUUACUAAAAAGAACAAUUUUCAAAUCUAAUAAUUUUUUUUGUAGACCAAAUCCUAUUGAAAAGACUGAUUUUAGUGUAUAUGAUUUACGUGAUCAUCCUGAUUUUCAUUUUAAAUCUGGCUGUCUUAUUAUACAUAUUAGCCCUGAUACCAACCCAGAUUUAAAUACCUUAACUGCUGGACAAGUAUUAAGUGCUGGACCUGAUGGCAGGGUAAGUUUUUAAACUAUUUAUUAUUGAAUAUACAUAUAUUAUUUUUAUUGUAUCUGUUUUCUUUUUUCUCAUGUGUACAUGUUAUUGAAUUAGAUCUUAGUAAUGUGGGUAAAUGGCGAAAAGACAGAAUGUUGGCCUCAAGAACUAUUUGUUGUGAAAUUGCACGAUGAUGAUGGCUUCAGUUUUGAAAAUGAAGAAUAUGAUGAAGAAGAAGACGAUGAUGAUGCUCCCCUUGCUGUUGAUGAUGAAUUAUCUGAGGAUUGGAUGUCUAUAACUAGCCCAGAAUCAUCAAA